UGGUGUGUAGAAGAGAAUAAAAGAAAGACGGUGGAACGAGAGAACACACGACCAAAAUCCGAAUUCAGAGAAAGAAAACAAACCAAACCCAAUCAUACUCUCUCUCUGAAAUCCGAGUCAGAAUCAUCAGCACCAGCAACGCCAAUUCAAACCAUUUUUGUUUUAUAUUUCUCUUGUAAGUUGAUCGCCACCAAUUCUCAUUUAUUCGCUUGAUUUUCUUGAUCGGAAGAAUCAAUCAAUAUAAGGAAGAAGAAGAAGAAGAAGGUGGUUGAUGUGUUUAAUUUCAGAAUCUUUGUUCGAAUUGAUUAAAGCUCAGACUUAUCAUCAUCCUAAUCAAUUAUUCAAUCAAUCAAGUGGGUGCAUGUGAAGAAAUUGAACAAUUUGGAUUCUUAAUGAUGGUGGAUCUUGGGGGUUGCGGUGGGCUUGUAAUCUUGUGACAGAAAAAAACAAAGGAUUGCUCCUCUGAAUGAUGGGAUUAGAGUCAGUCGGUGCGCUCACUGAAUCCCAAUUUCAAUUGCUGCACCGGACGCUUCCGCCUCCGUCUCCGUCUCCGUCUCCAGCUCCACUGCUCAAGUCGUAGCUUUUCCCUGCUUCAUGGUCAUGGAUGAACUUAGCCCUAGUACUACUCAAACUGAUACCAGUGAACCCCCUCACUCUGACCACCACUCAUCGGGGUCUUAUUGGCGCCCUAAUCACUCGCUCUUUACUGCCUAUGAAGCUCCCAAACCCACAUCACAAGCUCUCCGAGUUCUCGUCAGAAGACCUUUGGUGUCAAGACUAACCAAGGACAUAAUAGAAACAUACCAAAUAUGCAAUCCACAAUUUAAGUAUUCAGAAGAAUUGAAUCCAAAGAGAUAUUUGACCACCCCAUCCAUUGGAGUUUCCAAUGAUGGACAUGAUAAUUCGAACUCAGAUCUGAUUCUCACAGUGAACUAUGCCUUAAUUAAUUCGGAUACGCAACAAAGGUAUGUUGUUAAAGAUGUCCUUGGCCAUGGCACAUUCGGGCAGGUGGCGAAAUGCUGGAAUUCUGACAAAGGAACUUUUGUGGCUGUGAAGAUCAUUAAGAAUCAACCCGCAUACUAUCAACAGGCAUUGGUAGAAGUAUCUCUUUUGAGAACGCUAAAUAAGAAUUAUGAUCCCGAGGAUAAGCAUCACAUUGUUCGUAUUUAUGAUUACUUUGUUUUUCAACGUCAUUUAUGCAUUUGCUUUGAACUUCUUGACACAAACCUGUACGAGCUUAUCAAGAUGAAUCAUUUUAGGGGGUUGUCACUGAGCAUUGUUCAGCUGUUUGGAAAACAGAUUCUAUGUGGAUUGGCUCUGUUAAAAGAUGCUGGAAUAAUUCAUUGUGAUCUGAAGCCUGAAAAUAUACUCUUGUGUCCAAGCAAUGUUAAGCCAGCAGAAAUUAAAAUUAUAGACUUUGGAUCAGCAUGCAUGGAGAAUCGCACUGUUUACUCCUACAUUCAGAGUCGCUACUACAGAUCUCCUGAAGUUGUUCUUGGGUAUCAAUAUUCCACUUCCAUUGAUAUGUGGUCCUUUGGAUGUAUACUUGCUGAAUUGUUUUUAGGUUUGCCGUUAUUCCCAGGGGCGUCAGAGUUUGAUCUUUUACGAAGAAUGGUUAAGAUACUCGGAGGACAACCCCCUGAUUAUAUACUUAAAGAGGCAAAAAACACAAGCAAGUUUUUUAAGUGUGUUGGGAGCAUCCACAGUUCAGAGAAUGGGAGUGUAUAUCAAGCAUUAACAGAAGAAGAAUAUGAAGCUAGAGAAUCAAAAAAGCCAGCCAUCGGGAAAGAAUAUUUCAAUUUUAAGAACUUUGAAGAAAUUAUUACCAACUACCCGUAUAGAAAGAACUUGAAUAAGGAGGAAAUCAUUAAAGAAAAUCAAAUGCGUUUGGCCUUGAUUGAUUUGUUGAGGGGACUUCUGGAGUUUGAUCCUGCAAACCGGUGGUCACCAUUUCAGGCUUCAAAACACCCUUUUGUAACAGGAGAACCUUUCACAUCCCCAUUCGAACCUCCACUAGAGACCCCACGAGUGCCCGUUUCUCAAAAUAUGCGGGUGGACCAUCAUCCUGGUGGAGGGCAUUGGUUUGCUGCAGGUCUCUCUCCCAAUAUUACAACUGGGAACAGAGUUCCUGUGCAUGGUAGCCCACAUUUCCAAAUGUUACCACCGUACACAGCUAAUAGUUAUGGCAGUAUGGGAAGCUAUGGUAGCUACAAUGAUAGUACUGGGUUAGGAAGCAGCUAUGGGAGUUAUGGAGAUACAAGUAGUAUGUUUGCAUAUUGUUCACCUGUUGGUCCAUCUGGCAUGAACAUGCAUGUACCAGGAAAUGUGUCAGUACUUGGAAGCAGUCCCGAUGCAAGACGGAGGAUUGUUCAAUAUUCACAUGGAAAUGCACUUGGUGUAAGUCCGUCGGCUGGGAACUUUGCUCCACUGCCGCUUGGCACCAGUCCAUCACAAUUUACUCCACCUACCUCGUAUGCUCAAGUGUCAGCUGGCUCUCCUGGACAUUAUGGACCAACUUCUCCAGCAAGGGGCAGUUGUCAUGGAUCACCUUUAGGAAAGAUGUCUGCUGUCAACCAGUUUAACAGAAGAAAAAGUUGGGGAUAUCCCGGAGGCUCUCAGGAGAGUUCAUCUUCAAAUUGGCAAGGGCAAUCUAAUGAUGGCACCAACUAUAGCCAAUCUGAGGGUAACUCUCAACUACCUGGUAGUUCACCAUCACAUAUGCAUUCAAAUUCUAAUGCUGUAAGGUGGAAGCAACAUGGAGGAAGCAGUGGUAUCUCUACUGGUUACUCUGCUCAGAGCAUGCCAGGCUUCAUUGCCCUCGGUUCCAAUUUGCAAUAUUCACAAACAGCAGGAGUUAGUCAUGAUAAGCAUGAUAAUAGCCUGACAUUGCCUGAUCCAGGGGACUGGGAUCCCAAUUACAGUGAAGAACUUCUUCUCCAAGAGGAUGGGUCAGAUUUGGUCGGCAUGACUAGUGACUUCAGCAAUGGUAUGGAUCUUGGUUCUGUCGAACCGUUGGUUGGACAUGGAAGAUUUAACCAUCUGUCAAGUACUAGUUCGAGUGUGCCUUUCCAGAGACAAAACGGACAUGUUCAAUCAUUUCCUCGUCUGGAGGUGGGUAGUGCUUCGUCGAAACCUUCUCAUUUGAUGCCUCAUAAUAAUUCACAAACUUCACCAAGCCGCUUGGGCCAGCAACAUCAGCAACAUCAGCGGUUCAAUCAUGGGAGACCGAUCAAUACAGGUAGAGGUAGCGACUGGAAUCACGUGAAGGUCCCACCGCCUUCUUCAAGCUAUAAUCCCGGAGCAGCAGGGGGAUCACAUAGCACAUUCAGCAAUGGCGUUGGCGUGUCGUGGGGGCGUAGGGUCAAUCAUCCCGUCUCGAGCAUCCCACCAGCAUCCCGUGGAAGAAAAGAUUAUGGAAGGAUUGCCUAAGUCGAUAGUAGUGUUUGGUGAGGGAUCAUCAGAUUGUAUUUUGCAUGUUAACGAGAAUGUUGUUGAUAGUAUUUCACCAGCAUAGUGGUCUGAGGCUAAGAAAAUCCUCAUCCAAGUUCGAGACCACGAUCAUUCAUUUAAGCGAGUCACUCGCGCACACAACACAUGCAUGCAUGCAUAGGCAUAAUAUAUGGUUAAUGAUUUGCUAAUCGUCCUAGUCAUUCGUGUUCGUGUUGUGCUGUGCUUGUGCGAUCGAUAUAUUCUUUUUCGCUGUGAUCCUUCAAUGGGCGUCCAGUUCUGUAUUCUGUUUAUGCUUGAAACAAGUAUAAUUUAUGGUAAUGUUUGCCUUGGUUUAA